UCCCCUCGCCUUGAUACCUUGCGGCCGACGUCUGCGUGCGCGUCGCAAGCCCUCAGCUGCCGCUGAGCCGCUCUUUAGAAAUAGUCGGGGCAUGCCCUAUCCCGGGGCACGCAGCGCCGAAUGAUCUGGUACCUCCUCUAUCCGCUUCGUGGAACGACUGAGCCACCACGCCUAUCGCCGUCCCACCCGAUCCGGCGCGCUUUCCAGGCCCAUGGCACCGCGACCGCGCGGCAUUGGCUGCUCUCCAUCCUCGUCACCAUCGUCGUCUCCGUGCUGCUGUGCUAUCCCGCCCUUUUCCAGACCGACAGCCCCGCCGCCACCGGACUGCGCAAUCUCCCCAAGCAUGUGUGGACGUCAACAACAGAGGUGGAAGGCGAGCGGCCCGCAGACGUGGAGGUCCGCCAGGUCUGGGUCCAUGGCGACUACAUGAACGCGAUUGACCGGCGAGUGCUGCGCGAAGCACUCUACGUCCAACAAGCCCUCCUCGGCGAGGGCUUCGAUGAGGCUGCCGCCCCAGCAUUCACGACUCAGCAAGGCGAUGAAGGAUGCAUUGCCACCAAAUCUGGUCAAAAAUGGGGAUUCCACUCGCCGCUGAUGUACUGGAACUGCUCGCUGAGAGCCAUCGAAGAGGAUGGAGACCUCGUGGCGACUAUCAACUCUGGAUCCCAGCGCCAAUCGGCCCUCAAUGUCACUCUGCGCCCAAGUACAGUCUUCGCAGGCAAAUCAUUCUCGAAGAGCAAGCUGCGAGCCGCCGACGCGUUAGUUAUCACCUUGUUCGACCAGACCGACUCCACCCUUGGAGCAAUGUGGGACGCAAGGGCUCGGUCGCUUGCCAAGGAUCUGUCUCCGGAAUGGGCAAUGUUCCCACACGAUGGCCAGAUGGCCAGAAGCAGGCUUUACGAGUUCCGCUUCAGCCCGAUGACCCUCAACGACGACCUGUUCCUGGCAGCCUCUUAUUUGGUAACCGCAGCCUACGUGGUCUGGAGGAUGAUGCAGCUUCGAGCCGUGAAGAGCUGGUUUGGCCUCCUCAUCACGAUUUGCGCCAAGAUGACGAUUUGCGUUAUCGGUAGUUUCACCGUUUGUACCUUCCUUGGCAUCAAUCUAGCACGCAUCCCCCGUCCUUGGUUCCCGGGCGUUGUUUUUUGCUUCGGGCUUGGAAACAUAUUUCGUCUCAUCAACGUUGUGCUAGAGACGCCACCCGAGAUGCCUCCUCAUCAGCGCAUCGGGCAUGCUGUUGGCGAAGUCGGUCAUCACUCACUGGCAGUGGCCGGGCAGAACCUCGCCAUCAUCUACCUCUGCUCUCGAAUUGUGACACCUUGGGUCGCGGACUUUUGCGUCUUCGCCGCUGUCACCCUUGUCCUCGACCUAGUUUACCACCUCACUUUCUUUGUCGCUGUUCUAAGUGUCGAUGUCCAGAGAUUGGAGCUUUUAGAUUCACUUGAGCGGGUUGAGCAGAGCAAGGCGUCCAAGGCUGGCCGGUCUGAGCGCCAGUCCUGGCUCACGGCGUUGCGGCAGGGUGCAUUACCUUUUAGCACUCGAUUCGCCGGCUCUGUUGCAAUAUUGUCCAUCAUCUUGGCGGUUAAUUGGCAUUUCUUCGACGGCAACGGUCAACAACUCUCCGUCCAAAUGGUCAAGGAGAAGAUUUUCAAGAGGCAGCGACGGUCCAGAGAACCAUCCCUGUGGAGUCCGCCACCGAUCAACCAGGCGCGCACACCCGCGGACUGGCUAACAAUCCAAGAUCACAACACCGCAAGGGAGCUCUUUAGCUUCAUCAAGCCCAAUGAUCACAGCUUCAUCGCACGAAUCUACGACCCACUGCUAAUUGUCUUGAAGGGGGCAGACGGUAGGGAUACGUCCCUGAAACAGACCUCUCUACUUGAGGGUUUGCGCCAUUUCACCCGAGAGCAUGCGUUUCCGGCAGCCCUCAUUGUCGUAUUUCUGUUCGCAGGGGUGACCUUGUUGAUGAAUUAUCUUCUCUGGACCGGUCUACCUGAGGGCAUAGAGGACGAAGACGACGAAGAAGCGAAUUUGGUGGUCAAGACCUUACCGACAUCUCAAUCACUUGACAUUGUUCGCCUUGCUUCGUCUCCGAAAGGACACCUUGUCAGUAUUUCUCUGGACAGAUCCACCUCGAUUUGGCUCCCUGGCAGAAGUGGUUUCGUCCAAUCCACGCUACAAACAGCGUCUACGAAGCCAAAGCUUUGGCCUAUCACGGCAUGCGCAAUAGACGAGAGCGGUAACGUGCUUGCUCUUUGCACCGACAAAGGACAGAUUGGGUUGUGGAGUCUUGCCGCCUCUCGUUUCUCAACGCUCCAGGCUGUCGGGCUACGAGGCCAAGUGCCGAUUCUAUUCACUUUUGCCAUCGUACCGGGGACGGACUACGACACCUUCAGCCUCCUCAUUGUCACCCCCGACGGCUACCUCACCCAGCUCGAGACACAGGCCGGUAUGCAUCAGACGAAAAAGAUCUGCGCAACUCCCAUCUCUUGCGCCAAACUUUACACUUGCGCGAAGGGGAUUUUAAGUUUGAUAUUCGUUAGCAAAGCCCAAGUCCAUAUUCUACCCCUGACGGGCGAGAGUGGUGGAACAUCAGAGGUAGUUGCAGGCCUCGAUCCAGGUCCGCCACCGGACAGCAAUCCUUCAAAAAUCAGAUGCAUCGAGGCCGUCCCAAGCCUGGGCUUGAUCUUUGCCCUUCGGGACGAGGAAGCCGAAAUAUUCGACUUCAACAGCCGUGUCCUCAUCCACGCCUUUCCGAUCGGCCAUGUCAGAGCUCACUCUUUCCGGGUGUUGCAUUCUGCCCGCCGCCAGUGCUCUUGCGGGGCGCCGGCGGUCCAUUCACUGUCUGUUGCAUACGCAGAACAAGAGACGGAUCACCUGAUCAUGCAGACAUUCACUCUCGACGACACUACUACAUCCUUCAUGUGUCUCGGCAAGCCUUCCGAAAACGAAACCCACAAAUGCCAAGGACUCAGCCAGGCUAAAGAAGCGGUAUAUUACGUCGAGCCUGCGGGCGUUUGGGAAUCUACGAACGCGCUUAGUGUCGUGGGAAUCCGAAGAUGCGUCCAGUCUCCCACGCCUUCGUCGUCUGCUUCCGGUGUCGAUUAUGCUUCGCCUGAGCCAUCAGCUCUUGCGUCGGCCCUCAAACAGCGCGCUGCAAGAUCAAGCACCUCGAGCGGUCUAUUGACGACGCUGGACUCUGCAUUUCACACUCGCCACCCGCCCGCUUCGCCCACCGAUACAGAGAACUGGGAGGCCUGGACCCUGUCUGCGACCGGCGAAUUCCGCUCGAGACCGCUUGUCUCUGAUUCGGACGACAAUGUGGAUGAGCUGCUCGCUGACGACCAGCUGUUCGUUGCGGCUCCUGGCCCCAUCACACGAUUAGGAAAGAAGAGCGUGGCUGUUGGUUUUGGUAAUACGGUCAAGAUCCUCACGCUAGGCAAAGAAUCAUUCGAUGGAUUGACGAAUGGUGAUGGCGCGCUGGACAUGACACUGGGCUCUUACAAGUCGAGGGUAAGACGAGGGCCUGGACGGAAGCUACAAUAACGGACCAAACACCGCACAACAAGAGCAAAGAAGACCGACGGGCUUCGGAAUGAUAUACGACAUAUACACGACACCGGCGUACACGGAUAAGAACGGGAACAUAAAAUAAAGAUUUGGGAAGAGCAUACCCCUG